CAGCGCGCAAGUGACGCAAGCGCGUCUUCUCUGAGAAGUUACUGCUGUUUGCGCAACUGUCGGUGGAGAUAGCAGUCUGACAUCGCUGGGAGGAAAAUGUCCUGUUGGUUGAGGGAACAAACAUUGAUGCUGGUAGAAGAUUACAUCGGGUUCUGCAGUGGGAUCCAACAGACGCCUCCCAGCGAGUCAGCAGAGGCCAUGAGAUGCCUAGCCAAAGAGAUGGAGCAACAGCACAGAACCAAAUUCCGAGCUCUCUCCCAAGAAUUCAUUGAUGCCUGUGGAUCGGAUCCCAGCAAGUGUCUGCAGAGCAUUAUGAGGGAACUGGUGGUAGAUGGGAAACUGAACUGGGGUAGGGUGGUCUCCAUCUUUACUUUCACUGGAGUGCUGGCCAGCGAGUUGUCCUCCAGAGGAGAAGAUUGCGAGGGCUCCUGGAGACUGGCCGAGACCAUAGCUGACUAUCUGGGAGGGGAAAAACAAGACUGGCUGGUGGAAAAUGGAGGCUGGGAGGGUUUCUGCAGGUUUUUCCACAAUGCAAGACAGCUGAACCAAGAGUCGUCGAUGAAGACAGCACUGUUCGCAGCGGCUGGAGUGGGUUUAGCUGGCCUAACCUUUCUCUUAGUACGCUAACAUUUUAGUUGCUAUUCUCUUUCACACACACACACCUGCCCUUUUGUUUUCUGUCAUUGGACGAGGUAAAAAUGGCUCUUAAAGAGAAACCGGUCGUCAAGUUCUCAGACGAAUGUUUUUGCACAUUUUUCAAUGUCCACACCUGUAACUGUAUCAACUGGUCAUUCAUACAUACAUGUUGAUUGUACAUUCUUAACAUGGCCUUCAGGAAACAAGAUUGAAGUUCUGAUUCUUUACAUAUCUAAUAUGGUGCUUUUGAUUUUGUAAUUGCUUUUGACACUUGUUCCUGUGUAAAUCUUGUUAGUUUAGAUAGCAUUUACAGUUAAUUUUGUGAGAAUGAAACAACAGUUUGUAAUGUUUUUUUCAGUCCAAGAUGCUUUACUGAACGCAGUCCCAAACCAUUGACACAUGAGACAAAAAGUGCAUAUACUUCAUAAUGAUAGAGCAGUUCUUGACAGGAUGAGCAGUUUGACCAAUUUUCGCUUUGUAAUGUCAUUUGUGUUAAAGGUGGUAGCUUGUUCAACUCAAGCAUCUGUGAUAUUCUGCCCAAUCAUAAGUGACCAUUUUACGUUGUAAAUGUAUUUAUUUACCUCUUUCAGAAGUUAUUACUGUUUAGGCAAUUCCCAACAAUUUAAAAACAUUAUAUUUUUGCAUUGUUUUAUUUAUUAACUUCUUUCUUAAUAAAAUAAUUUUACU